AUGGGUUUCAGGUACAGUCGUCCACCUUUUGAUUAUCAGAAUAUAGUUUAUAUACCCGUCAUGGGUUUCAGGUACAGUCGUCCACCUUUUGAUUAUCAGAAUAUAGUUUAUAUACUCGUCAUGGGUUUCAGGUAUAGUCGUCCACCUUUUGAUUAUCAGAAUAUAGUUUAUAUACUCGUCAUGGGUUUCAGGUAUAGUCGUCCACCUUUUGAUUAUCAGAAUAUAGUUUAUAUACUCGUCAUGGGUUUCAGGUAUAGUCGUCCACCUUUUGAUUAUCAGAAUAUAGUUUAUAUACUCGUCAUGGGUUUCAGGUAA